GCCAAGCAGCCAACCUCAGUCUGUAGAAUGUUUUGACUAGCACUAAAGUGCAUCACUCACUGACAGUGGCAUCACGUUCAUUAUGAACAAACCGAUGCGAAUCUAAAAUAAUGCCACGUGGUUGGUUGAUUUCUGGAUGGGGUUUUUGAAGACACGUUUUAACAACGCCGAUCAGUGGUGAUGGACGGAAUUGGAGAAAUUCAGUUCAUCGUGGAAUCUAUGCCGGUUACUGAAUGCCAGCCCUCCUCACUGUCACUGCUAGACCACAUGGAGGUGAGAGAUGAGUGGCAGGAUGACGACUUCCCCAGACCACUCCCAGAGGAAGGUGAAAUGGACUCCUCCUGUGGUCUUGCUGAGGGCAGAACUUCUCCCCCAAGCUCCCUCCAUCUGGGUGGGGCAGGGGGUACAACCUCCCAUCGGAAGCGGCGGACUUUAGUGGCUCCGGAUAUGAACCUCUCUCUGGACCAGAGCGAGGGUUCGCUUCUCUCCGACGACUACCUGGAUACACCAGACGACCUUGACAUCAAUGUGGACGACAUCGAGACACCCGACGAGACGGACUCCCUCGAGUUUGUCCCCAAUGGCAAUGACCUUGAGUGGGAAGAUGAGCCACCGGUGGCCAAGACGUCUGCGGAUGGCCUGGGGCCUGAGUUGGAGGAGGAGGAUGGGGCGGGGGGAAAUGGCCGGCUAUGGAGGACGGUGAUCAUCGGGGAGCAGGAGCACCGUAUAGACAUGCAGGUCAUACGGCCGUACCUACGCGUCAUAUCCCACGGAGGUUACUACGGCGAAGGGUUGAAUGCCAUCAUUGUGUUUUCGGCUUGCUACCUGCCGGACAGCAGCUGUACGGAGUACCACUACAUCAUGGAGAACCUGUUUCUGUAUGUGGUGAGCAGUCUUGAGAUGCUCGUGGCAGAGGAUUAUUUGAUAAUCUACAUGAACGGUGGCACGCCACGGAGUAAGAUGCCGGGCAUUGGAUGGCUUAAGAAGUGCUAUCAAAUGAUCGACAGAAGGCUAAGGAAGAACUUGAAAUCGCUCAUCAUUGCCCAUCCCUCCUGGUUCAUCCGCACAGUGGUGGCCAUUUCCAGACCCUUCAUCAGCGUGAAGUUCAUGAACAAGAUCCGCUACGUGCACACCCUGGAGGAACUGGAGCAGCUCGUCCCCAUGGAGCACGUGCAGAUCCCCGAGUGUGUCGUCCAGUUUGAAGAGGAGAGGAUAAAAGCUCGGAAAGAAAGACUGGAACAGGAGCAAAGGGAACAGCAGCUUCAGCAGCAACAGCAGCAACAGCAGCAGAAAGACUCAGCCAUGCCAGACACAGAGAGGCCUAAAUCUAUGAUAGAAGACCAAUGAUUGUUGGAGUGAUGGAAUCUCAAUCUACUAUUACUAUGAAGCAAUUGAAAAUGCUUUACCCUUCCAUAUACGUCCAAGUUCUGCCACAGGAUAUGCCUCUUCUCUGCUGCCAUGUUUUGCUGAACGGGAGCGUUCUUCUGAAGAACCAAGUGUGCCAGAUCGGAGCGUUGCUUUAGCAUUUAUUCGAAUAUUCAUUUGCCUUGUCAGUAGUGAAAUGUUAUUUUUAUAUAUGUAUUUUUAUUGUGUCAAUUGUCAAUGCUGAGUUUCUCAUUUUGCUAUUUUUUGUAAAAAAAAAUUAUCAUGAUGGUGGUAUGCAUGUUGAUGUCAUUGCGGCUCAUCCCUUGAAGGAACAUGCAGUCAUACAUAACAAGCUAUUGAUGGGUUUUUGUUUACUUUUAAUUGAAUGGAAUCACGUUGGCCCUUACGUUAAAUCUGCAUCGAUAAACAGGCCUAUGUAUUAUUGAAUGUAUGUGUUAAUUUGCGUAACUUAAGUGCAACUUCAAUGGGCCAUUUUGUUAUUUGCCUCUUACUCAUGUACAUUAUUGUUUUGGCAUGAAUUACAAUGUUUUUUAUGUAUUCUUAUCCUGUUCAGUUUUCCCCCAUGUAUUCCAAAUAUUGUCAAAAUAAAAGACAAUGUCAUCAGCUGUCAA